GUACAAAAGCUACUUGUGAUACUGCCACAAAGGAGAAGAAGCGUGUGUGUCUGAGUGUGAUGCGUGCAAAGCUAAAGCUGCGAGCUGGGUGAGAGAGACAAACUGGAGGAAAGAGACUGAGAAGUAGACCCAGAGUGACGCAGUCAGUAAAGAAGAGAAGGAACUAGGAGGGAAACAGUGAGACGCUCACAUUGUGGCACAUUCAAAGCACCAGAGCUCCUUUGCAUAAGGCUGGUAGUUUGUGGUGAGGACCCUGUGGGCGCUGGAAAGCCAACAAUAACUCUUCAGCUUUCGAGAAGGACGAAAACACAGGACCUGAGUUUUGACAAAGAGAAAGGAUUUUGCCAUGUGGACAUCUCUACGGGACCUGAAUGUGGAUUUGCUAUCAUUUCUUCUCCGGACUCAGCCACUCGUGGGAAUUAAGGACGUCUUGAGUGAAAAGGAGACGCAAUUGAUUGACUGACUAAUCUGAGUAAGUGAAGCUCAGUCUACAACUUGUUGGCUGCCGUCUGCCCGGGAGACAGGACAGGGGGAGGGGAGGACGCUCCUGCCUGAAUCUCUGUCUUUCAGGAGGGAUCUUUUAUAGGAGAAUGUACAACGGUACCCUCCCUCCCAACAACUCUUACCAGCCCUGGGCUGAAAAGGACUUGUCGAACAGCUCCAACUGCAUCAACGACGGCUUCAAAUACCCGCUGUACAGCACUGUCUUCAGCAUUGUGUUUGUGGUGGGACUGCUCACCAACGUCGUGGCCAUUUACAUAUUCACCUGCACCCUGAAGCUGAGGAACGAGACAACGACCUACAUGAUGAACUUGGUCGUGUCUGACCUGCUGUUUGUCUUCACGCUGCCUCUGAGGGUCUUCUACUUCAUCAACGGGAACUGGCCUUUCGGGAGCACGCUGUGCAAGGUCUCCGUCUCGCUCUUCUACACCAACAUGUAUGGCAGCAUACUCUUUCUCACCUGCAUCAGCGUGGAUCGCUUCCUAGCCAUCGUGUACCCCUUUCGCUCCAGGGCACUCCGGACCAAGCGCAACGCCAAGAUAGUGUGCGUUGCCGUGUGGGUGUUGGUGCUGUCCGGGAGUCUUCCCACGGGGUUCCUGUUGGAGACCACCUCGCCCAACAACAACAAGACCAACGCCGCCAUUUUCUGCUUCGAGAACUUCUCCUCCAAACAGUGGAAAGCUCACCUGUCCAAGGUGGUGAUAUUCAUAGAGACGGUUGGCUUCGUCAUCCCGCUUCUACUCAACGUGUGUUGCUCCAUCAUGGUGCUGCACACUCUGCGUCGCCCCAGGACGGUCGGCCGUGGGGGGAAGCUGAACAAGAAAAAGAUCCUGCGCAUGAUAAUUGUGCACCUCUUCAUUUUUUGCUUCUGCUUCAUCCCCUACAACGUAAACUUGGUUUUCUACGCUUUGGUCCGCACUAAAACUUUAGAAGGCUGCUUUGUGGAGUCGGUGGUCCGGACGAUCUACCCGAUAGCCCUCUGCAUCGCUGUGUCCAACUGCUGCUUUGAUCCCAUUGUUUACUAUUUCACCUCUGAGACCAUCCAGAACUCCAUCAAGAGGAAGUCUCAGGGGAACCGUUCGAUUGACGUCAAGUUCUCAGAGGCGCUGCAGUCGGAAACCACCUCAAACCUUCAGUGCAGCUUGAGACAUCUCAAAGCUAAAGUCUUCCACAAUGAGUCAUCAGUGUGAUGGCGGGGGUUGCUAUCCACAACACGAAAGGUAUUAAAUUCAUUGUUCCUUAGAGAAAUGAACCUUCUUGAAAUAAUUGCCUUUUGGAACAUCUGCUAAGGAGGUAUUAUCUCUUAUCUCAGGGCAAAGGUUUGGACUUGACAGCCUCAGCUCUGCAGUAUUAUCUGUGUAUUGCCUAUUACUACUCAUUUCCAUUUUCAUGUGGAGCAUUUCGUAGUUGUGUUCAGCACAAUUCUCUGCCUCGAGAGGCCUGGGGUUCAUGAACAGACAUGAACAAUAUUGUUGCUACAUGUGCCUGUAUAUUUGUACAUUUCUGUGGUAAAUUGUGGUGCUAACUUUAGAUUAGCAUCUAUUAAAUUAACAUAACGACAUACCAAGAUAUAAAUUGAACAGGGCUUCUUUUAUUUUAAAUUGCGAAGAAAUAGGUCAGAGAAGUGAUUUUUUUGUUCUGCGCAGGAUUUCCUUAUUGCCUAUGUCUAUUCUUACUGACAAUUAAAUGCACUGAUAGAGAUUUCUACUUACUGCACUCAGCAAUGAAUAAAAGUCAUGUCCUGUUUAAAACAAACAA